ACGCUAGUGGAAAUGAGCUAGCUUCGAAAGACUCAGACGAAGGAAGAAGAGAUAAGCUCGAAUCGCACUGUAAAUAUUGUUUGUUUAUUUAGCAACUGCCUUCACUGUCAUGGAGUCUAGCCCUAAGAAUUUGUUGGAGAAGAGGAUGAUGCACAAGAGGCUCUAUAAGAAUGCGAGAGGGCGAGCUCCACCGUGGAAGGAAGCUUAUCGACAGAGAUGCAUGGAACGUUUGAGGGCCAGUCGGUCACAGCUGGUGGAUCGGUUUCGCUCGGCUGGAGAACUAAAUGUUGACAGCAUAACUAAGACAAAAAUGGCGCAAGAUAUUAUGGAAGUGGAGUGGACAGCCAUGAAUAAUUCAAAUGGAUUACUCAAUUCUAAGAUGUGGUCAACAUCCAAUGACGUAUGCAUGGCAGAAGGAGAUGACCAAUCUGCCAUAUUUGCAUUGAUGGAGGAGAUACAACAAGAGCUAAUAUCAGAAGAGGAAAGGCUUCUAAGUGAGAUUCUUAACUAUGAUGCAGCAGCCUUAUCAAGCCAGGUUACGUCUCACCAGUCUGAAGACGUUAUCUGUCCUGUUUGUCAGGUAGCAAAUUUUGGAGGAGUUUUCUUUGUCCAAGUCUUGAAAGAGUCUGCUGCAGGAGAAAGAAAUACUUUUUUAAAUCCCUCUUUAAAAACUACGUCAACUGCUGCGUCAAGUGUACUGACAUGCAGUUGUGGGUUAGCAUUACAAGGAGCCAAUGUAACACUUAGCACAGUAAAGUCAAGUUUGGAGAAUACGGUUUCCCAGCACAGUCAGACAUGCACUGGUAAAAUGUCUUUCACUCCAACAACUGAUACCCAAGGGACAAAUGUGCUUAGCACCUGCAACAUGUGUGACUGGAUGGCCUUUCUGCUCUAGUGUCAGAGUGUCUAAGUCAUAAUGUAUAUGCAAUUCAUAUUAAUCAAGAGGCUAUUAAAUCAUGUUUUGGGUAAGUAUUGAAUUGCUUGUGAAUUUUUGUAAAGGUUGAUGUCAUGUGUUUGGGAUUUUUGUGACUGGGUUUCAUCUGCAAGACAAACUUCUCUGGAAUUGCAGACAAGCAGAAGGCUUGGGUGUCAGUUCUUAUUCCUUUUUUUAUGUGAAUGCUCAUAUAUUUAAGAUAAGUACAGUGAUCAUUGGAAUAUCUAGAUACCCUGAAUGAGUUUUUAGGAUGUUACCAAACUGCUAGACAUUUUUAUUAUGUUGGGAGUGUGUUAAGACAGUCUUGUUACAGAGAUGGCCAAUUUUGACUUUAUACAGUAUUUGCUGUGGUCAUGUGAUAUUGCUUUAAGGUUGUAUAUAUUUGGUGAUAUAACAUUAUAUCUUCUAUUUAUUAGGGAAACUGUAUUGAUAAUUUUUAAGCAUAUAGAAUUCCAUGUAAUAAAACCUGGAAGAGUGGUCAGGGUUUGGUUGCCAUGUUAGUUGUAAUGAUCAUUGAUGUGCUAUGGAAUGAAUGAUAAAGUAUGUAAUCUCAUAGUUUUAUCUCUCUAAGAACUUUUAUAUUGUGACAUUUAAAUAAAGACAUUAUUGUUUGAUGAA